AUGCUGAAUACAACAAGUCGAGAAUGUAAAUCAUUAACCGAAAUGACGUCAGAACUCAAUCUCAAACAAAUUAUCGAAUCUCCAACCCGCAUCACAGACAUUAGCCAAUCUUUGAUUGACGUGAUUUUGGUCAGUUCUCCUAAUACCGUACGUGACAGUGGUGUCCUAAACUGCACUAUCAGUGAUCACCUGCCCGUGUAUGUUACGCUUAAGCUAAAGCCUACCAAACCACCACCCAUCCACAUUACAGUUCGCAGCUAUAGGAACUACGACCCCGAAUUAUUUGCCACUGAUCUCGCAUCUAAAUCUGAACGCCUUCUUUCCGUCUUUUCAGUCAAUGAUAUUAAUGAAAAACUCAAAAUUUUCAAUGACGUACUGCAGACCGAUUCUCAUGCCCCAAUAAAGACCCUAAAAGUCAGAGACAGACCGUGCCCUUUUGUGACACCUGAAAUAAAAGAACUGAUGGACAAGAGAGAUCGACUACACGGCCUUUUUCUUAAGACACGAAACCACAGCGAUUGGUGCAACUUCAAAGCAGCUCGUAACGCUGUUAAGACCGAACUCAUUAAAGCACAAAGAAAUCAUGUUUACAAUGAAGUGAUGAAGCAUAAAAACAACACGGGUUCCUUAUGGAAAAUUAUCAAAGAUACUGUAGCUUACAAAGAAAAAGAGACGGUCGUCUAUAGCAAAGACCCAAAGAUAGUUGCUGAAGAGUUCAACCACUUCUUUUCUUCUGUUGGGGAGAACACAGCCAUAGCAGCAUCUCAAUUAUUACAAGAUUAUAAUAUUUACCCUGAUACUCCACCCACUGCAGCGUUUAAUAGAAAUUACCCUGUAUACGAAUCUGAGAUGUUUAAUUUUGACCCUGUCUCCUGUUCUGAAGUUAAAAACAUUAUAAUGUCCAUGCCCACCAACAAGGCUCCAGGCAAAGAUAAAGUAAGCAUGCGCAUUAUUAAGGACUGCUUACCAGUCAUCCUCGGACCAUUAACAGAUAUUAUUAAUGCUUCACUGACGUCUUCUGAGUUCCCACAAUCUUGGAAGGAGGCGGAAGUUAUUCCACUAAUAAAGGAGGGUGAUCAUGACUACCAUCCAACAAUCGUCCCCUUUCCUUACUUAUAG